CUGCGGAAAGUGUUUGUUAACGGUGGCGGAAUGGGAGGAGUGAUCAAAGUGUCUUGUUGCUGUCGGUGCCGUUGAGCAUGGUUAGGAAAUCUUUUCACUAAGGAUCGUGGCUACGUUGCCGGUGAUCGAAUUGAUACAAACGAGCAGCAGAGAGUCCGGAAGCAAGCCUUCGGGGUAUGAGUAUUGAAGUGAACUUUGAAAACCUUUAGCUCUCAUCAAAUGGAGUUUUCGAAUAAUACUGUCGAAAGCCAAUUGGUCCAAAGACCACUAGAGCGGGGAAUAACUCCUUUCAACUUUCCCAAGACAAAAUCAGCAUUAUGGGAUCCAACACCCCUUGAUGAUUCAAUAAGCAUACACCUAACUUACUAUAGAAACCCGAAGCUGCUUGUGACAGAAAAGAUCUUGCGUUUUGUCCAUCGUCAUGCCAAACAGAGUGGAAGAAAAGUAUUCUCCUGUUUUUUACUAGGGUCAUUUGUUGUGGAUGAUGAUGAGGAAGGUGUUACAUUAAUUGUUGAUCGUCUUGAUCCUGGGCGAGAGGCAGGACAUUCGGAUAAGGUACCUACAGCUCCUCUUCCUGAAGAUUUCAUCAUUCCAUGUAUAAUUGAUACUCAGGGACUUGUUUCCAGAGACACGAAAGUUUAUUCAUUUGAGGAUUUCAAUACAGCGAUUAAGAUGCUAUACCAUUAUUGCUGUAGCAAGAAAACAAUUGACUCUUCCAGACUCCUUGUGUUGAGAGGUCGCAUUAACUGUACUGAGAACUUGGAUAAUCUAAGCUUGGAAGUCCGAUGGGCAGCUGUUACAGUAGCAAUCACAUUUGAUGCCACUCCAAUCAAUGCAGUUCCCAUAAUUCCUACAGCUUUGGCAAGAAAUUUAACCAGCCCAUUAAAUAUUGCUCAGGUUCAAGGGACGUACAAAUUUGGGUAUCUUACAAUGGAUCAAACACGCAAGCUUCUAUUAAUACUUGAAUCGGAUCCAAAAGUAUUCACUUUGCCUUUAGUAGGAAUUUGGUUGAGCGGUGCAACGCACGUACAUAGUCCACAAGUUUGGGCCUGUUGCUUACGCUAUCUAUUCAGUUCUUCAAUUCAAGAGAGAGUUUUCUCGACUGAACAGAAAAGUUUUCUUCUAGUUCUCUAUUCAGUUACGCACAGACAACCAGAAUUCUAUGAAUGCCAUCCUUGCGGUGAGCAUCAGAAACUAGAUUUCCAGCUGCUUACUAGUACAGAAGUACUGAAUAUUUGCACAAGCAUAGAGCCUUCAGGAAAACAACUCACUGAAUUUGAACUAAGUGAUGAUAAUAAAAAUCCAGACAGUGAUUUCUUUAAAGAAGUGGUUAGCAAUAUUAUGGGCAUUCCGAUGUCAGUUGGUGACAAUGAUUCUGGUGUGGAGGAAGACGACCUAUCUCCAAGACCAACACCAAGUCCGCACCCAGUUGUACAAAAGUUUCCAAGAGUCUAUCCUUCUGUACCUGAGCUGUCACUUGUAUUUGAUAGAAGUUUUAUAGAAUCAAAGUAUACUCCAACAAGAUUACAACAAAAUAAAUUGCAACAGACAAUGAAAACCCAUGAAGCAUCUGGACCUUUUAAUGCAAGCAAGCAACCUUCUGAAAAUGGGCAGCAGGGAGUGACCUCCAACAUGAUAACACCUCCAUUAAAACACAAUCUGAUUCUUUCACAUGGAUCAGUAGCAUCUGUUAAGUCUUAUAAAGAAAAAAUAACAAAGUCGCAAUCAAAAAGUGGUCAUUUUGCCAGUAAGAGUUCUGGAUCAUCAUCAUCAUCCUGCUCUACUCCUCCAUGUGGGCCUUCACCUGAUGCUUCUGUAGAUCAACCAAAGUUAGUUAUAUCUACUGAUGCAGCUGAUACAGUAAAGAAUGUUAUUUUGAAUAAAGGAGGGAUUUCUCCUGGACUCUGGCAAUCUAUGUCUGAUACACAGCAUCCACAAAGGCCGCCAUCUCCAAACAAAUCCGGUCGGCAUUCAUUACAGUGCAUUUCUCCCCUUCCAUCUCAUUGUGCUGAAAUGCAGCAUUUAGGAUUUUCACCAUAUUUUCACAUGCCAUACCCAACUAGUUACUGUAAUUGCUGCCAACGUCAUGGACCCUGUUGUGGACCUUCAUUGAAUUCUAAUUGGCAAGGAAACACUCCAGCAUUUGGCACCAAAGGAGUCCAUUCACUAUCUUGUCAUGAAUGUAGUUCUACACCAUGCCCACAAACUCUGACUUGUUUACCAAAUUCUCACUGUAGUAUUGUGUGUGUGAAUAACAAUUCAAUAAACCAGAGUUUACCUGGACAAGUAGGAAGCACAUCACCUUCAAACAGCAGUUUGAUGAAAUCACCUGGCGCCUCUUACAUUCCACCAAUAAAUCAGUGUAAGGUAUGCACAGUGCCUUCUGCGUGUUUACAUUUGCCCAUUGGAAGUCUAGAACAUGAUCAAGAAGGAAGUGGAACAAUGGGAUUGCCUGUUAAUGCUUACAAGAUUCUUGUGGAACAGGACAGACAACUAAAGCUCCUUCAAGCUCAGAUUCAGCGACUCUUGGGCACGCAAAGUGGUGUUACAACUCCUGUGACACAUUGUUCUUCUAAGAAUAUUGGUACUUCUGACUGCUCGCCACAGCCAGAGAGACAAAUGGAAUUUGUUGCUAUAGAAACCCAGACAUCUCCUGGAAUCCACAUGAAGAAAAGUGUUAGCAUUGCAGUAAGCACAGGUGCUAGUUUGUUCUUGGUUCCAUCUGAGGAACAUGAGGCACAUCAAACUGUACAGAAUCUCGAAUUGAAUGACUCUGAAUUAUCCAAUGAAGAAAUGGGGGUCUCUGUUAAAACUGACAAUACCGGCCACACCAGUGUUGUAUCUUCAAUGAAUGAAGUGGACAUACACAACUUUGUGGAGAACAAUCAGAAUACAACAGAUACAUCAGAUCAAGCUAUUAGUGUUCAAAGCUGUACACCUGAAGGUACAAAAAGCAGCUGGGAUCUUCAUGUUGAUUUUCAGAGCCCAGUGCUUGGGGAGAGUGCAAGUACCUGUCUGAAAAAUAGCCCAACAGAAGUACCACAUGUGAAUAAUAGCAAAACAGAAAAGUAUGAUCUUAUCACAGAAUCGCACAAUAGCUCUCCAUUACAAGAUGAGAGAAGAUUUUACCAAAACUUAAUGGGCCAGGUAAACCAACUAUUGGAAUCAUCUUCUGAAAAACAAAGUGAAGCAGAAAAUAAAGAUGCUGAAUCAGAAGUCUCGGUGCAGAACACUGAGACUCUGAACAAACAAUCUGAACCCCAGGCCUUUCAAAAGGAAGAUAAUGAUGUGUUGAGUGCAACUGUGAAACAGCUGAAGAAAAUGGGAGUGAAAUUUGAUCUUGACUGUACAAGCAUGACCAAGAGCAAAGUUGAAAAUGCAAGCACAUUGGCUCGCAUAAACCCUGAAGCAGUUAUCCCAAGGUUGAACUAUACGUCCUUUGUCAACGUUGGUGCAGGUGACCUUGGAAAUGCUGGUGUUGACCUUAGCAUGGAGGCCAAUGCUAUUGCUCUGAAGUACCUGAAUGAUGCUCAGCUCUCCCAGAUAUCUCUCAGACGUAGUGGUAACUGUGAAUCACCAUCCCUAAAUAACUUACUGGAAAUGAACACAGACAGAAGCAUGGUUGGCCUGAGCUUAAUUUCACCCAAUAACAUGUCAUUUGCCACACGCAAAUACAUGAGGAGGUAUGGACUCGUAGAAGAAACAUAUAGCAGUGAAGAGGAGGAUGUUUUGUCAGAUUCUGCCAUACGGCCUAUAAAAUCUGAUUCAGAAAUUCCUUCUGCUAAAAAAACAAGUUCUGAAAAAGUGGUUGAAGCCCAGCUUAAAAACUGUUGUACACUGGAGUCUUUCUCAAAGGCAGAUGGGAACAUUCUAAGAAACAUUACUAAUGAAGUUUCUCCCACAAAACCACAGAAUGUGGAUACACAGGACUGUCAUUGUCAGCAGAUUCAAAAUAAUCCAAAACCUAAAACGAAUAAGUUUGCCAAAGAAAUCAGUUACACCAAAAACCCUGAAAAAGAAAAUGGAAUUGAAAGAAUUUCAGACUUUUCCAAGAAAUUAAGACCAACUGUCUUAGAAACACACAAGUCUACAAAAAGCAGUGAUGCAGUGGGCAACAUUCUGGAUGUAAAUCGGCUCCGACAACUACCCAAACUCUUCUAACUAACUGGAUUGAUGUAACUCCAAUUGGAAAAACCAAGACACUUCCCAAGAAACAACUAUUUUGUAGACACCAUUUUUUCAUACCAAAAAUGGUCAAGAUCACAAAUUUAAUGUAUUAUAACAUAGGUCAGUUAAAUAUUCAACAUCUAUAAAGGAUUGCUAAUGUAAAAUUACAUUUAUCAACUGUCAACUACAGUAUAGUGGAAAAUCCAUUGUAAAUAUUCUAUUCUGCUCAUACAAUGAUUUGUUUAUAUAAUUUAUGGGGUUUUUACACUUAGUAGAAACUUGUGUAGUAUAACUGUCUCUGGAUUAUAAUCAGUGGAUAAAUAUAGUUGUGUAGUUUCAUACUGGUUGUGGUCAGUGUCAAGUGAACUAUCAACUACAACAAUAAAUAUGGAGACCUGGAGUUCAUACUUGAAGUUAGUUUCCUCAGUGGGUAAUUCUAAUUUCGUGUUCUAAUAAGCAUUUUUGUUCUACAUUGAGACCAGUAGAGAACAAAAUGAGAACGAAGUAGUCUCCCUUAUGCCUCCAAAAUUUCAUAAAAUUUUGCCUGUAUUUAACAAUUUAUUUUGCAUUAUUACUGGAUUGAAAACUAAUGAUUUGUUAUAUACAAAACUAAUGUGAAAGAUCAUGAAUGAUUGCUAAUGCAAGACAAACUACACCAUAGUGAGAAGGUAUCUCUAAUCUGUUAUAAAUGCAACACCUUUCAGGUGGAUUAAAAUUUUGACUUGGUAGGGGAGUUGAAAACUUGAUGCUAACACAAAUGUCAUUAUUAAAGAAAGCUAUGGCUUUGACUAUCCAAUUUUUCCUAAGUACUUGUGCUCCCCUCCACUCAAUCGAAAGUGCCAGUGAAUGAAUUCUUAAUGGUUUUGGCUAAACCUUUGUAGCUAAAGUUUACAGAAAUUUAGGGAUGUUCAUGUGUAUUUUUUUACAUUACUGUGGAAGGUGUUUAUCAAUGUUUCAAUCUGAAAUUUGUGCUUUUGGUCAGUUUGUCAU